CUUUUCCCCUGCCACUUCUAGUAUUUAUACCCAUCCUCCUAAUCAAGUCAUCAUCCUCAUCACCAGGAUUUAUACUUGAAUCAGUCUUUUUCUUAUCAGCUCAGACUCUAUGAGGACUAUGAGAAAAAUGACUAUCGAAAAACUAGUGUACUUGGUGGCUUUGUUGUUACUUCUACUCAAUCAUGGAACCAGAGGUACCCAAUCACCUAAAGCAAAAGAAGAACAUCGACGUUUGAGGAACUUGAGCAUUAAAUCAAUCGAGACUAAAUAUGGAGGCAUAUAUGAUUGUGUGAACUUUUACAAACAACCUGCUUUUGAUCAUCCACUACUGAAAAAUCAUACUUUUCAUCCUCAGAUGAUGCCUAGUUAUAGUCAAGAACGUAUAAAAGCUACAGCAUCCAAUGAAAAAACUUUACAAUGUCAUCUUCGAAAGCUAGAAUUUGGGGGAUGUCCAACUGGAACAGUGCCUAUCAGAAGAGUUCACAAGGAUGAUUGGAUCCAAAUGAAGAGUUUCACAAAAGAUUAUAUAUGGAGGACGAAUCCAAACUCUAUACAACUCCAACCUGGACAGCAUUUUGCCAUUGUACAAACUAAUUCUGAUCCGAGUACUACAAAAUAUUAUGGGGCAACCGGCAUAUUCAAUGACUAUCAUUUAUCUAUUGGAGCAUCUCAGUACUCAUCUGGAGAAAUGAUAUUUCAGAAUGAAAAUGACAUGAUAAAAGUUGGUUGGACAGUUAACCCGACAAUAAACAAGGACAAUCUUGUGCACCUUUUCCAAUUUUUAAGUGUUGGCCAGUAUCAUUGUUUCAAUACAUUAUGUCCUGGGUUUGUCAGCAUCAAUAAAGAUAUACCAAUAGAUACUGAAAUUGCCGGUGGCUCAAAAAGAGGAGGGCGUCAAGGAGCCAUAGGUUUAUUCGUUUAUCAGGAUGCUGAGAACAAGAAUUGGUGGCUUGAACUAUGUGGUACGAUCAUUGGAUUUUGGCCGCAUCAAAUAUUCACUGCAAUGCAAGAUGCAGCUACUUAUGUCGCAGUUGGUGGGGAAGCAUAUGGCCCACCUGGUCAACCUCUUCCACCCAUGGGAAAUGGUUACUACCCCUCUGAGGAGUUGCUACUAACUGCAUAUUGCCGUAACUUUACAAUUUUAGAUGCCAAUCGACAGUAUGUUAAUCCACAACAAACUGAGAAAUACGCACCUGAGUGGCGUUAUGGUGUCUAUGAUAUGGGAAUAUACAAAGACAGGGGACGAACAAUAUGCUAUGGAGGAACUACUUUAUAAUCAUCUAAUAUGUUGUCUUAUGCUUUAAGAAUUGAGUUUUCCAUUUUAUAAAUUUGCUUUGUCCGAAAUGUUAUGGGAUAAUUGAAGUUUUUAUUUUCGUUUA